UGCUUAGUUCUUGCCUCGAUGUCUUGGAGACAGCUGCGCUACCAUCCGCUUCGCUAUUUCCCCAAACUCUGUAAGUGGGCUAAACACCGAGUCGCCCAUCAGCGUAGGCUCUCCAACAAAUCAGUAGAAGUCUUCAGGACUAAGGAGACAUUGGAUCAUACAGUAGCGACAUAGGCUACAGCUCACUUGGGAUGGCUGUGCGUGUGCUCCUUUGUACAAGAGUACGUAUUUUCGUAUACUAAGUAAAAAGGGUCAGCGACAUUUACAAGUUGUCAAUUUCUGGAGUUUCAGCAGGAUUUCCCCCCCUCAUUUUCCCAUUUUGUUUUUCCUUCUUGUAUUGACUGCUGAUAGAUUGCUGCCACGCAAUGUCAAGAAUUGGAUUACACCCGAAAAUACUGCUGUUGCAGUUGUGUCUUCUCUCUACUUUUUUGUUUCAUACGCUUGCAUAUACGGAGGAACCCACUGAUAGAGCGGCGAAGUCGGAUGGAUAUUGCAGCAGAAUUUUAAGAGCACAGGGUACGAGAAGGGAAGGCUAUAACGAGUUUAGACUGAGAGUCGAGGGGGAUCCUGAAUUUUACCAACCUGGAAGCACCUACAGAGUGACUUUGUACACAUCCAGCCCUAAUUAUUUUCGAGGCUUCACGCUCAUUGCCUUGAAGGACGGAAAGGGUGGUGAAAGAGAUGAAGAUUAUGCUGGAAAUUUUCAGAUCAUUGAUGCAGAGGACACACAGUUUAUGGCCAACUGCCCCCCAGCCGUGACUGAGAGCACGCCAAGGAGAAGGACAAGGAUACAAGUGUUUUGGACAGCGCCCCCUUCUGGAAGUGGCUGUGUCAUUCUCAAGGCUAGCAUUGUGCAGAAGAGAACCAUUUAUUUCCAGGAUGAAGGCUCCCUCACUUACAGGAUGUGUGAGAAAGACCUGUUGUCCGGGGGGGGCACGCAGAAACCCCCGUCGCAGUGCUGUGCCUGUGGGACCGCGAAAUAUAGAGUCACGUUCUAUGGGAACUGGUCGGAGAAGUUCCACCCGAAAGACUACCCCAGGCGUGCCAACCAUUGGUCAGCCCUCAUUGGGGCUUCGCACUCGAGAGACUACAUCCUGUGGGAGUACGGGGGCUACGCCAGCGAGGGCGUGAAGCAGGUGGCUGAGCUGGGCUCUCCCGUUAAGAUGGAGGAAGAGAUUCGCCAGAAGGGGGAUGACGUCCUGACCGUGAUCAAAGCCAAGGCCCAGUGGCCUGCCUGGCAGCCCCUGAACAUACGGGCAGCACCCUCGGCGGAGUUCUCGGUGGACCGGACUCGUCACUACAUGUCCUUCCUCACCAUGCUGGGCCCCAGCCCCGACUGGAACGUGGGCCUUUCGGCCGAGGACCUCUGCACCAAGGAGUGUGGCUGGGUCCAGCACCUCUCCCAGGACCUGAUCCCCUGGGAUGCUGGCACUGACAGCGGGGUCACCUAUGAGUCUCCCAACAGGCCCACAAUUCCCCAGGAGAAGAUCCGGCCCCUCACCAGCUUGGACCACCCCCAGAGCCCUUUCUACGACCCUGAAGGUGGCCCCAUCGCAUCCAUCGCAAGGGUGGUGGUGGAGAGGAUUGCCAGAAAGGGCGAACAGUGCAAUAUCGUCCCUGAUAACGUGGAUGAUAUCGUGGCAGAUAUUGGCCAGGAGGAGAAGGAGGAAGACGACACCCCAGAAACCUGCAUCUACUCCAACUGGUCCCCCUGGUCGGCCUGCAGCUCUGCCACCUGUGACAAGGGCAAACGCAUGAGGCAGAGAAUGCUGAAGGCCCAGCUGGACCUCACCGUGCCCUGCCCUCACACCCAGGACUUCCAGCCCUGCAUGGGGCCUGGCUGCAGUGAGGAAGAGCCCUCUACCUGCAUGAUGUCGGAGUGGAUCACCUGGUCCCCCUGCAGCGCAACCUGUGGGAUGGGUAUGAGGUCUCGGGAGAGGUACAUUAAGCAGUUUCCGGAAGACGGCUCCAUCUGCUCCCUCCCCACUGAGGAGACAGAGAAAUGUGUCGUCAACGAAGACCGCUCCCCCAGCAGCUGCGUGGUGACAGAGUGGGGCGAGUGGGAUCUCUGCAGUGCCACGUGUGGCCUGGGCAUGAGGAGGCGUGAGCGCAUGGUGAAGAUGCCCCCACAGGACGGCUCCAUGUGCAAAGCAGAGGUGGUGGAGGUGGAGAAGUGCAUGAUGCCAGAGUGCCACACCAUCCCCUGCAUGCUGUCUCCCUGGCUGGAGUGGAGCGACUGCAGCGUGUCGUGUGGCGUGGGCAUGCGGACGCGGCAGAGGAUGCUGAAGUCGCCCGCCGGGCUGGGGGCCUGCGCCGAGGAGCUGGAGCAAGUGGAGAAGUGCAUGCUGCCCGAGUGCCCCACGGACUGCAUGGUGUCGGAGUGGUCGGAGUGGUCAGAGUGCAACAAGUCCUGCGGGAAGGGGCACACCAUCCGCACGCGGAUGAUCAAGCUGGAGCCACAGUUUGGGGGCGCCGCGUGCCCCGUCACCGUGCAGAGGAAGAAGUGCAAGACCCGCAAGUGCCCGCGGCAACCCAAGGACCCACGCGGGAAACGGAGGAGCAAAGACAGCCAGGACCAGCCAGCUGAGGAGGACCCUGGCUGUAAGAUGCGGCCCUGGUCAGACUGGACGGACUGCUCCAAGCCGUGCAGCGGGGGGGUCCAGGAGCGCUGGAUGACGGUGAAGAAGAGGCCGAAGGGCACGCGGGCAGCCAAGUGCAAGGACAGGAAGGAGAUCCGCGCCUGCAACGUGCACCCCUGCUAGUGGCAUGUUCCAGAAGG